AUGAAGUAAAAGAUUAAAUCUUUUCUAAUAAUAUUCUAAAUUUGCCUUUUUACUGUGAAUGCCUAGUAAAAAGGAUGCUGUAUUAAUAAUCUUUUAAUUUUAGCUUCAAAAGUAGAUCAAUUAUAAAUAAAUCUUCGUGAUCACCUAUUUGAGGGAGAAGAUCUUAAUUAUGAUUUAAAAGAAGAAUAUUUAAAAUAGUCAAUCCGGUUGCAAUACAGGGAACAGCUCAAUUCAUGUGACUUGUAUUUUUAAAUUUAAUUCAUUUAGCUGCAACUAAUAUCAGAUAGGUAAAAGCUUUUCGCUCCAGGUAAACUUAAUAAUGGAUGAAUUGUUUGUCUUUUUAGACCAAAGUAAGACAGAAGAGUCAAUUUUUUUUCAGAAGGGUAUUAGUCUAUGUAGAAUAUAAGAUAAAAUUCCAACUUCGGAUUUCAAAAAUAUGGUGAAAAUUGCACCAGUGAGUAAUGGUCUAUAGUGUUUCGAUGUAGAAUACAUUUAAAACAAUAAAUUCAUAAUUGAUUGCUAAAAGGAAGUGAUUGAUAAUUAAAUUACAAAAAAAACUGAUGUAUUUUAUCUCUACUCGAAAUAAACAAAAGAUAUAACUUUUUUUGAAGAUGAAGCAUUCAUCAAAUUAUACAACUAAAGAUAUAUAGGGUUGUAUUACUAAAAAAGUGAAUUAGGAAAUGAAACAACUUAAAUUGUUAGAGUUACACUAAGUUAUUCUUUGAAACCUAAAGAAAAACCUUAUUAAAAUCCAAUUGUGUAAACUUAUAUAUUGAGUUAAAUGAUUAAACUCUACUUACAAACUAUCUUUUAGAUGAUGUCGACUCUGUAAUUUUGUUUAGAAGAAGUGAUCUUAAAUUUAAUAUAGUGGAUUUCAAGAUUUCUUAUAAUGGAUUCAUUUACUUACUAGACUUCUUACAGGGUCUGGUGGUGGUCAAAUUAUUGUAAACAGGGGAAUGGAAUUUAGUUCAUAAAUUUUAUGAAUUUGAAAGAAAAGAAAUAUUAUUUGCCUUCGAUCAUAGUCAAGAAGAGAAAUUGAACUACUCUGAAGAUGGUAUGAUUGUAUUUCUUUAAUAAAACAGCUUUUCUGUUUCAUAUAAAAUUUUUUAUGGUACUCAAUAACUGCCAUUUAUCCAAUUAGAUUAUCCAAGCAGUAUUAAAAUAUCUCAGGAUAAUAUUAUAGUAAGAAAUGAUAAAAAGGCUUAUUUUUAUAAAUAUGAUUUUGAAAAUCAUAGAUUCUACCUUAAUUCUUAAUUAAAUAUAAAUUCCACUGAUAUCUUAUUAGUGAAUGAAUUUGAAUCAGAUUUUAUCCUACUAAAUACCAUAAACUCAUAUAGAUAUACAUUUUCUAAUGGAUAUCUAUAUUUUCCUGGAAGCGAUAAGCUUUAAGAAAAGAAAGUCAUUGUUAUUAAAGUCAAAGCUCCAAAUAAUCAAUAAUGUGUAGUUUCCCUAACAUAUUAAAUUAUCGAAGAUAAUGAAAGUUGGAUUUAUAGGCUAGAUGAUCAAUCCAUGCCUUUUCCAAAAUCGAUUGCAGAAGGCCAAGCUCAAUCGAUAAUGAAAAAAUAGGCCUCAGGACGUAAUCUUUAAUAUAAAUUAACUAAACCAGUAUAAAUUGGAGGUACAGAAAUUACCACUUCUAUAAGAAAAAGAGUAGAACUAAUUUAAAGUCCUACUUAGCCAAAAAAUGUGAUCUUUGCUUAAAUGAUUUCAACUUAAGAUGGUAGAAUCGUCUAUUAAUUUUUGUAAACUGAAGAUUUGGCACUUCAACUUCUAAGAUGCAUUUAUUCUCCAAUUUACAAGGAUACAAACUAAUGUGAAGUUUUUGUUUAGAAUUUAGAUAUUUCAUCUAGAUUAACCAGAUACAAUUGUUAAAUUUGGCUAUCUAAUUAUAAAUUUUAUUUAAUGUACGUAGACACAGAUUAUAGUGUUUAGAUUUUAGGUCUUAGUUAAGACAAUUAACCUUUUUACAAUUUAAAAACAAUAAAAUUAGAUUCUACAGACAUCAAAUUAAAUUUUAAGUAUUUUUUAAUACAUGGAUUAUCUUUUAAUUCAUACAGCUAAUAAGGAUAUUUUUACAUUCUUUAUUUACAGACCUGAGCUUUCCGUAUAAGCAACUUUAAAAAAAAAUUCAUUUUAAUAAUAUGAUUAUGAAGAUUGGGAACCAAAAGCAUUUUUCACAAAUAAAAAAUUAAACCCAAAUAUUCUUUUUAUUUAAUAUAAAAAGAAUAUUCUAAUUUUAGACUCAAAUUUUACUUUGUUUUCAUUCAUUAACACCAUAAAAAUUACUCCAAAAUUAGAUUAUUCAAUUUCUAUAGGAAAAGUCACAUUUUUUGUUGUCCAAGGCAAAUCAUCUAAUGAUGCAAAAGAUGCUUAAAUCUAUGAAUACAACUUUGCAGAUAUAGAUCAUGUCUAUUUGCAGAAGAAAUUAUACUUUUGUUGGUAUGAUAUUUCUACUCCUUUAAAUGCUGACUUUAAUGAAGAAACUGGUCAUUUGUUUGUUAGAGGUGUCUGUCUAUACAGUAGUAAAUCUUUUUUCUUAGUCGUCAAACCUAAUACUCCUCAACAUGAAGCCUUGGACCGAGCUUGGGAUAUUGCUGAUGCACUUAUUUCUGACUAAAAAUAAAUAUUAAUUGCUUCAUGUGGAUUACAUUAAACUUAUUUGUAUUUAAAAGUUGAAGGAGAAGAAAAACUCUAUGCACUUUACAAUGAAGCUAUAAUGAUUGUUAACUCCAAAAUCAAAUAAGAUAUUUAUUCAGAUUUCUUUUCAUUAAAUUUAUAGAUAAAUAAUUAUAACUUCUAAGGUAAGCCUGAGAAAUUUAACACUUUAAAUAUUUCUUAAUAAGUGAAAAUCUUCUCUACUUUAAAUAAAUUACAUUCAAUAAGAAUGACUUCCCUUUUUCAUAAUCUGGUUUAAAAAUAUUAUCAAUUUAUGAUAUUCAAACUAUUAGGUUGGGUAACGAAUGGUAUUCUGGAUAAAUUGGAAAUUUUACAAUUGAUUGUGAAUAAUGCUAAACCAAUAUUCAAUUGUAAACCGCCAUUUAUCCAAUCAAUCAAGAAACCUUUAAAAAUUUGA